UUUCCCAGGUGUCCCUUCGGUGUUUCUCACCGGAUGUUUCCUACUAAAGGCUUGGAGAUGGAGGAUUGGGACGUGGCGGAGAAGCUGCAGGUCGCUAAGGAGGAGGUGGAGGCUGCGAGCAGCGGAGGUGGCGGGGAAGACGAGGAUGACGAAGAGGAGGCGCUGCCUCACGCGGAGGUGGUGGACGUGUUUCAGGAGGGGCUCGCCAUGAUCGUUCAGGAUCCGCUGCUCUGUGACCUGCCUAUCCAGGUCACUUUGGAGGAGAUAAAUUCUCAAAUAGCUCUGGAAUAUGGGCAAGCAAUGACCGUCAGAGUUUGCAAAGUGGAUGGAGAAAUGAUGCCAGUUGUUGUGGUGCAAAAUGCCACAACCUUGGACCUAAAGAAGGCUAUCCAGAGAUAUGUGCAGCUCAAACAGGAGCGGGAAGGAGGCAUACAGCAUAUCAGUUGGUCAUAUAUAUGGAGAACAUACCACCUUACUUUUGCUGGAGAGAAGCUAACUGAAGAUGGGAAGAAACUCCGAGAGUAUGGUAUUCGAAACCGAGAUGAGGUCUCCUUUAUCAAGAAGCUGAGGAACAAAUGAGGGAUCAACCAGUCCAAGCCCAGGAGUUUUGCCACCGUGCUGAGAUAUUUUCAUCCAGUCCUGAGCAUGACUGGAGAAAAACAGGAUGACAAGAUUGGGCUAGCUCCCAGGGAGUAACAAGACUUGGAACUUGAAGCUUGGUGCCUUGAAUGUGACCUGCCUGCCCAGCACCCUCUGAUGUUCUCAUUGUGUUUGCCACCUGUCCCUCCUCUAUACUUGAUGACACUUUCAAACUCUAUGGAUCUUUAUUUUGUUUAAAACAAGGCAAAUGGGACAAUUUCUAUAGGACCUGUUUCUGUUGAUGAGAGGCAGAGUCCUUUUGUUCUGUAGUAUCCGGAAGCAUCUUUGCUCAUGCUAGUGAACUAGGGACACUUUUUCCUGACCUGACUGAGCUUCCCCUUGCCCAUUUCUCACCAUGUUCCUGUAUUCCUUCAGUUGAUAAAAAUAAUCAUUUUGCCUUUUCCCCAA